AUGCCACCCGCAAUAUCACCCUCCGAGCUCGCCAGCCACAACACGCUCGGCUCCCUGUGGAUCGCCGUCGACGGCCUGGUCUACGACUUUACCGACUUCGCCCCGACUCACCCCGGCGGUCUGUCCGUCCUUCUUGAGCACGCCGGGAAAGAUGGGACAGAAGCAUACCGGGCCGUCCAUGCGCCUUCCUUGCUCCAGUCCAUGCUCCCUGCGUCUCAACACCUCGGCCACCUCUCCUCUCCUCUCCCGCUUCCCCGUCCCCCCACCCCACAACCAUCUACAACGCGCAAGCCCCCUUUAUCCAGCCUAAUCUCAGUUAACGACUUCCGCCUGGCCGCCCACACUUUCCUCCCGCCCAAGACCCUCGCCUUCGUCUCGUCGGCCGCCACGGACUGCCACACCCACCACCGCAACAGCACCGCCUACUCCGAGAUCACCCUCCGCCCGCGUGUGCUCGUCGACGUCUCCGCGCCCGUCUCCCUAGCGACCACCAUCCUGGGCCAGCCCGUAUCCUCCCCGGUCUUCGUCUCGCCCACCUCCCUCGGCAAGACCGUCCACCCGGAGGGCGAGCGCGAGAUAGCGCGCGCCUGCCGCGAGCGAGGCGGCGUCGCCCAGGUCAUCAGCACGAGCGCGAGCUUCUCCGUAGCGGACGUGGUGCAGGCGGCACUCGACCACCCAUCCCCCGCCGGGCACGACCCCACCACCACCAACAUCCCCGUCUUCCUGCAGCUCUACGUCGACAAGCACGCCCCCAACACCGAAGCCCUGCUCCACUCCCUCACCUCCCCCACCAACACCACCACCACCGGCCCCAAAAUCAAGGGCGUCUUCCUCACCGUCGACGCCCCCGUCCCCGGCAAGCGCGAAGCCGACGAGCGCAUCCCCUCCCAAAACACACCAACCACAACAACCCCCAUGGCAACCCAACUAACCCCCCUCACGGACACCCACGGCUCCGCCCUCGGCCGCCUCAUGGCCAGCUACAUCUCCCCCUCGCUAACCUGGACGACCACCCUCCCCUGGCUGCGCAGCCACCUCCCGCCCCAAACCCCCCUCGUGAUAAAAGGCAUCCAGACGGCCGCCGACGCGGUGCGUGCGGUGGAGGCGGGCGUGGAUGGGAUAUUGUUGUCGAAUCAUGGCGGGCGGAGCGUGGAUGGGGCGCCGGCGGCGGUGGUGGUGCUGUUGGAGUUGCAGCGGUGCUGUCCGGGGGUGGGGGUGGGGAGGGGGGUUUUGUAUGGACUCGGAUAUGGAAAGGAGGGCGUCAAGAGGGUGUUGGAGAUACUCGACGACGAGCUGGUGACCACCAUGAAGAUGUGCGGUGUGACGAGCCUGGACCAGCUGCACCCCGGGCUGUUGAAUACGCGGGCUAUCGACCAUCUUGUGCCGGAUAGUCUGAGCGAGGAGCACCCCUACGCCAAAUGGAGGAGGAGCAAGAUUUGAGUUGAGGGUAGAUAAGUUAGGAGUCUCAAGUUAAUGGGGUGGCUGAGGCAUUUUGUUUCGGUUUGGCUACGUGGGCUGGUUGUGCACAGCUGGGGA